UAAAGAUGGCUGAUGCCUUUGUGUCAUUUGUAGUUCAAAAAUUAGGUGAUUUCCUCAUACAGGAAGUUUCCCUGCUUACAAGUCUGAGAGAUGAAGUUAAGUGGCUACGAAAUGAGCUACUCUUAAUGCAGUCUUUCCUCAAAGAUGCAGAACAAAAGCAACGUGGAGAUCAAAGAGUUCAACAAUGGGUGUUUGAAAUCAAUUCUAUUGCUAAUGACACUGUUGCUAUACUCAAGACUUAUAGCUUUGAGGUUGGUAAAGGUGACGAUGGAUUUGCUAGUCAUAUCAAGGCUUGCGCUUGCAUCUGUAGGAAGGAGACCAAAUUCUACAAAGUCUCCAAGGAGAUCCAAUCACUCAAGCAUCGAAUCAUGGAUAUCUCUCGCAAGCGAAAGACUUAUGGUAUUACAAAUAUCAAUAAUGCAGGAGAAGGACCAAGUAAUAGGCCAAACAAUCAGUCUGCCAUGGUUACAACACUGAGGAGAACUACCUCCUAUGUGGAUGACCAGGAUAACAUUUUUGUUGGACUUCAGGAUGUUGUACAAACAUUGCUAGCUGAAAUUCUCAAAGCAGAGCCUCGUCGAAGCGUCAUCUCCAUUUAUGGCAUGGGCGGAUUAGGCAAGACCACUCUUGCUAGAAACCUCUACACAAGUCCUAAUAUAGUCUCUUGCUUCCCUACACGCUCUUGGAUAUGUGUUUCUCAAGAGUACAACACAAUGGAUCUUCUUAGGAAUAUCAUAAAAUCCAUCAAAGGUCGCACCAAGGAAACUCUAGAUUUGUUGGAAAGGAUGACAGAAGGAGAUCUAGAAAUUUACCUUCGUGAUCUUUUAAAAGAAGGCAAAUACCUUGUGGUGGUUGAUGAUGUAUGGCAGAGAGAAGCAUGGGAGAGUCUGAAAAGAGCAUUCCCAGAUAGCAAGAAUGGCAGCAGAGUUAUUAUUACCACUCGCAAAGAGGAUGUCGCUGAAAGAGCAGACGACAGAGGUUUUGUCCAUAAACUUCGUUUCCUAAGCCAAGAAGAAAGUUGGGAUCUCUUUUGUAGGAAACUACUUGAUGUUCGAGCAAUGGCCUCCAAAAUGGAGAAGCUAGCUAAGGAUAUGGUGGACAAGUGUGGAGGCUUACCUCUUGCAAUUGUUGUAUUGAGCGGACUACUUUCACAUAAAAGGGGGCUAGACGAAUGGCAAAAGGUGAAAUACAACCUUUGGAAGAACAUUAAAGAUGACUCUAUUGAAAUCUCCUACAUACUAUCAUUAAGCUACAACGAUUUGUCAAUUGCGCUCAAGCAUUGUUUUCUGUACGUUGGAAUUUUUCCAGAAGAUCAAGUGCUCGAGGCUGAAAACAUAAUACGGUUGUGGAUGGCCGAGGGUUUCAUACCAAGAGAGGAAGAAAGAAUGGAGGAUGUCGCUGAAGGCUUCUUGAAUGAAUUGAUAAGACGAAGCUUGGUUCAAGUGGCUCAAACAUUUUGGGAAAAAGUUACUGGAUGUAGGGUUCAUGAUUUACUUCGUGAUCUUGCCAUACAAAAGGCAUUGGAGGUAAACCUCUUUGACAUUUAUGAUCCAAGAAACCACUCCAUAUCCUUCUUAUGUAUCAGACAUGCCAUUCAUGAUCACGGAGAAAAGUACCUCUCACUUGAUCUUUCUAACUUAAAGUUGAGGUCAAUUAUGUUCUUCGAUCCAGAUUUUCGUAGCAUGAGUCUUAUAAACUUCAGUAGUGUGUUCCAGCAUAUAUAUGUGUUGUACUUGGAUAUUAUUGGUGGCACUGUACCUAAUGCCAUAGGAAGUUUGAACCACCUCAAGUUCUUAAGCUUGAGAGGUAUCAGUAAUCUUCCUUCCUCGAUUAGCAACCUCAGGAAUUUACAGACACUUUGUGUCAUAAAUAGAAAUGGACACUUAUGCAAACUACCCCUCGAGACAGCUGACCUAAUAAAUCUAAGACAUUUAGUUGCUCCAUAUUCAAAACCUCUGGUACAUAUAAGCAAACUCAUUAGUCUUCACGUUCUUCAAGCCAUCUCUUGUGAUCAAUGGAAAGAUGUUGACCCUGUUAAUUUAGUCAAUCUUCGAGAAUUAAGCAUGCAUGAUAUUACCAAAUCUUACUCCCUAAACAACAUUAGCAGCUUGAAAAACCUUAGCUCUCUCAGAUUGUUUUGUGGAGGUGAUGAAUCAUUCCCAGCCCUUGAAUUUCUUAGUUCUUGUCAAAAGCUCCAGAAAUUGUGGUUAGAUGGGAGAAUAGAAAAACUGCCUCUAUUACAAAAUUCCAUCACAAUGAUGGUUCUUUUGGACUCAAAACUCAUGGAAGAUCCAAUGCCUAUUUUGGGAAUGUUGCCAAACCUAAGAAAACUCGAAUUGCUUGGAGCUUAUGAAGGAAACGAAAUAAUGUGCAGUGAUAACAGCUUCGGUCAACUGGAGUUCCUUAGUCUUGCUUGUCUUGAGAACCUAGAAAGAUGGCAUUUAGCCACAAGUGCCAUGCUUCUGAUUAAAGGUCUUCGUAUUGAUCACUGUACAAAGCUGAACGAGAUUCCCGAUAGAAUGAAAUACGUGAAGUUUUUCAAGCAUAUAUGAUGUCUUAUUUCAUAAUAGCAAAGGUAAAUAUACAAACAAAUCCCGGUCCACAGUGAAAGUUCCUAUAUAACUUUGUUGAUUUUUCUUUUAUAAAUAGUGUGUUAAUAUUUGGGUUAAACAGGAGAAGAGGCUGUUACUUGAAGACAUUCACGUGAUGAAGUUUCUGUAACUUAACUGAUUAUUUCAACAUUCAUUUUUUUGGUUUUUGGCUUUUUUUAGUAUGUGGAAUUGGUUCCAAGGAAUUUUUUGGGGGGAUUCUAUGCAAAAAUGAUUUUGUGAUGAUUUAAUUAAUUGUUCUACGGUAUGUUAUCUUGCUUAUCCACAUUGAAGAUAACUGGUUUAAUUUAGUGUGCGUGCAAUGCACGUAUGCAUCACAUUAAGUUAUCAAUCAAUAUAAAAUGUAUAAAAGAAGAAUUAAAUAUUGAAAAUUGGUAACUGCUAAAGUUGCUGUCAUAUGACCAGGAGGUCACGAGUUCAAACCUAGGAAACAACCUCUAGCAGAAAUGCAAGGUAAGGUUGCGUACAAUAGACCCUUGUGGUCGGGCCCUUCCCCGGACCCUGCGCAUAGCGGGAACUUUAGUGCACCGGGCUGCUCUUAGUAAUUAUUUUAAACAAAAUGUAAUAUAUUUUUUUAAAAUUAUAUUUUAAACAAAAUGGAUGCGGCUUCUUGUAAAACUUGAUCGGACUACUUCCACAUAAAAGGGGGCUACACUAAUGGCAAAAGGUGAAAGACCGCCUUUAUAAGAACAUUGAAGAUGACUCUAUUGAAAUCUCCUACAUACUAUCAUUAAGCUACAACGAUUUGUCAACUGCGCACAAGCAGUUGUUUCUGUACUUUCUUAUUUUUCUAGAAGAUCAAGUGCUCGAUACUAAAAACAUAAUACGGUUGUGGAUGGCCGAGGGUUUCAUACCAAGAGGAGAAGAAAGAAUGGAGGAUUUCACUGAAGGCUUCUUGAAUAAGUUGAUAAGACGAAGCUUCGUUUAAGUGACAGGAACAUUUUGGGAAAAAGUUAUUCUAUGUAGGGUUCACGAGGUAGUUCGUGAAUUUUCCAUACAAAAAGGCAUUGGAGGUAAGC